UGCCCGUCAACAGACGGUGCCGCACCGUCAGUUUCUUCCGCCGCGCCUGAAAGGCGUCCAGUGGUGUCGCACCGAGGAAACGCGUGCUCCUCGCACAACUGUCCGGUCGGCGGCUUCGUGUUUUUUUUUUAUUUUUCUUUAUUUUCCCGCGAGCCAUUGGACGGUGGUGGUGGUCUCUGCAUUCCCGUGAUCCAGUGUCGGGGCCCGGUGCGAGGGGGUACCGUGCAAGAGAAUAUGUACGGAUCGUGGCCCGAUCGUCGUCCUCGUCGUCGUCGUACAGCCGGUCAUUUCGCACACGGUGCAGCGGGGAACUAAAAUGUGCAAGCCAGCCAGGAAGAAACGGUCUUAACGUCAAACCAGACGAAACCAGACACGUUUAACGAUUGACAAGUUCCGCCCUGUGCAAGGAAGAUGACGAAGAGAUUCGAGUUCAACUGGCAGAUCGAGGUACCACUUCCUCUCCGUCGGGGCUGCGUGUUCGACCGAUGGUCAGAGGAAAAGGACAACACGGAACUGGAGGCCGAGUGUACGUUCAAGGUCGACGAAUAUGGCUUCUUCAUCUACUGGCAGAGCGUGGGAAGGGACGGCGACGUGAUAGAGCUGUGUCAAGUGAGCGAUAUACGUGCCGGUGGCCUGCCGAAGGACCCGAAGCUGCUCGACAAGCUGCUAACGAAGCAUGGCGAGCAACUGGACGAGAAAAGUUUAACCAUCUGCUCGGGCGCAGAUUAUACCAAUAUUAAUUACCAGCACGUCAUCUGUUCGGAUCCGGCGACGGCAAAGAUAUGGCUGGAUGGCAUACGAUCGAUUACGCACAACGUGAAAGCCAACAACGUUUGCCCGCUCACGUGCUUGAAGAAACAUUGGAUGCGGCUGAGAAUGCUGGUCGACCCGAACGCAAAAGUUCCAGUGAAAGUGGUCGCGAGAACUUUCGCGUCUGGGAAAACCGAAAAGCUCGUCUAUCAGUGCCUCGCCGAAUUAGGCCUACCCAGUGGCAAGAACGACGUGAUCGAGCCGAACGACUUCACUUUCGACGUGUUUUACGCGCUUUACCACAAAAUCUGUCCGAGGAACGACAUCGAAGAGCUGUUCCAGUCCAUCACCCAAGGCAAAGCAGACACGAUCAAUCUGGAGCAACUGGUCACGUUCCUGAACGAGAAGCAACGGGACCCUACGCUGAACGAGAUCCUCUAUCCGCUGUACGACGAGAAGAGGGCCAUAGAGAUCAUAAAGGACUACGAACAGAACGAGACGGCGCGUAAUCAAAAAACGAUGACGAAGGACGGCUUCAUAAGGUACCUGAUGUCCGAUGAGAACGCGCCCGUAUUCUUGGACAGGCUGGACGUCUACAUGGACAUGGACCAAUCGUUGGCGCACUAUUACAUCAACUCGAGCCACAACACCUACUUGAGCGGCAGGCAAUUUGGCGGCAGGAGCAGCGUUGAGAUGUACCGACAGGUGUUACUGGCUGGUUGUAGAUGCGUGGAGCUGGACUGCUGGGACGGCAAAGGGGAAGACGAGGAGCCGAUCAUCACCCACGGCAAAGCAAUGUGCACGGACAUUCUGUUCAAGGACGUGAUAUACGCGGUGAGGGACACCGCGUUCGUUACGUCCGAGUACCCCGUCAUCCUCAGCUUCGAGAACCACUGCAGCAAGAAGCAACAGCACAAAUUGGCCAAGUACUGCGACGAGAUUCUCGGAGACUUGUUGCUGAAGGAACCGCUCAAAGAGUAUCCUCUGGAGCCCGGCGUGCCGCUGCCACCCCCGAGCAUGCUGAAGCGCAAGAUCCUGAUCAAGAACAAACGUCUGAAGCCGGAAGUGGAGAAGCACGAGCUGGAGCUGUUCUGGCAGGGCCAGUUCGUGAUCGAGGACGAGGUGAAAGAGGACGCGAGCGCUCCGCCGGUGGUCGCGGCGGUAGUCGAGCAACAAUCGGCGAAGGAGGAGGCAGUCGUGCCCGAAGCUGUCGUCGCGUCGACCACCGCCAUCCAACCGCAGGCUGGCACUGCACCGGUGUUAGGCGACAGCUUAGAGCUGGCAGUGGUUCAACCGUACACCGGAAGCACCACCAACGUCCACCCGUGGCUCUCGUCCAUGGUCAACUACGCCCAACCUAUCAAGUUCCCGGGUUUCGACGUUGCCGAACAGAAGAACAUUCAUCACAACAUGUCUUCCUUCGCCGAAACCGCUGGCCUGAAUUACCUGAAAACGCAAGCAAUCGAGUUCGUCAAUUACAACAAACGGCAAAUGAGUCGGAUUUAUCCGAAAGGCACGCGAGCGGACUCAUCGAAUUACAUGCCACAGGUCUUCUGGAACGCUGGCUGUCAAAUGGUGUCAUUGAAUUUCCAAACCGCGGAUCUGCCAAUGCAACUGAAUCAGGGAAAGUUCGAGUACAACGGAUCGUCGGGAUACCUUCUGAAGCCGGACUUCAUGAGAAGGGCUGAUCGAAGCUUUGAUCCUUUCGCGGACUGCCCUGUAGACGGCGUGAUCGCCACGCAAUGCAGCGUUCAGGUAAUAGCGGGCCAAUUCUUGUCUGAUAAGAAAGUCGGCACAUACGUGGAGGUAGAGAUGUACGGUCUACCAACGGACACGAUCCGCAAAGAGUUUCGAACCAGGGUGGUGCCAGCGAACGGUCUGAAUCCUGUUUACAAUGAAGAACCGUUUCUAUUCCGAAAAGUGGUUCUGCCGGAUCUGGCAGCGUUGCGAUUCGCGGUUUACGACGAGUCGAACGGAAAGCUUCUCGGCCAGAGAAUCGUUCCUCUGGACGGUCUGCAAUCAGGUUACCGGCACAUAUCUCUGAGAACGGAGGCGAACUUCCCGAUGUCUCUGCCUAUGUUGUUCUGUAACAUCGAGAUCAAGAUCUACGUGCCGGACGGUUACGAAGGACUCAUGGAUGCGCUGACAGCGCCUCGGGCUUACAAAAAACCGGAGAGCAUGUCGCAGAACAAGAUGAGGGGUCUUGGGAUAGAGAAGAGCGACAGCAGAGGCAACGACUCCGCGCCUGCUCAUCAUCGCGAGCCACCUAAACCCAGAGAGGAGAUGAAAUUCGAUCCCAUCACGGAGGAGGUACUGCGUCAAGAGAAAGGCUAUCAGAAGGUGCUCACGAAGCAGCAGAAGGAGCUAGAGUCCCUGAAGAAGAGGCACCAGAAAGACAAACUAACCGUCCAGAAACAGCACUGCGUCGCGAUAGAGAAAAUCAUUAAAGGGAAAAAGUACGUGGCGCCGGCAAACAAAGCGCAACUAUCGAGGGAUCCGGUUGUUCGCCGUGCAGUUGCCGAUCAAACGGAUCAGUGGUCUCGACUAGCCACCAGGCAGCGUCGCGAGGAACAUGAUAUGAUCCGCAAUCAUUUGGAGGAACGACGGAACACAUUGUGCAAAUUGUGCGUGGCCGCACAGGCGGCUCAGCACAAGCAGCUCGCGGUCCGUCACGAACGCGAGAUCAAAGAAUUGAACGCUAGACAGGCUAGGCUGUCGGUGGAAAGCAUGAGAGAGGUCAUGAACGACAAAACGUUGAAGACUCGGGGGAUCAAGGAGGGAAGGCUUAGGGAGAAGCAGCAGAACAACACUAAGAAGUUCAUGGAAGAGCGCAGGUUCGCGCAGAGUAUUCAGAACAGGGAGAAGGAGAAGCUGAAAGUAAUUCACGAGAAGCAACUGGAAGAAUUGCAAAAGAACAUGAACGCGAUCAUGGACAUGUACAAAAACGAGGAGAUGGAGUACGAACUGGCCCCGAAAACCGAGUUCUACGUGUGAUGGCCGCCGCUUCCCGCCGUCUAUUCGUCCCUCUGCGACUGACCGGUUGCAGAGCAGUCGAGGUGCUGCGUUCAGAGUAUCCGCAUACAAACGUUAAUUACAAUUGGAAUUGGGAUCAAGCCCCGUCGGCCGACGUUCUCGGACCCGUCGACGUUCGCCUCGUUGAAUCCAGAAUCCCGGACCACGUCAGCGUCCCGAGAACCGAGAGCAAACGGAGAACCUCCGCGUUAAUCGUAACUCUAGUUCAUUCUCCUGGAUAUUUUUUUAUAAGAAGAAGCAUCUUGUAACUCUCCAUACUCUCCGUCGUCGCACGAGCAAGUACCUAGACUAAAUAAGGGAGUCAAUAAAAACUAAAGUGAUCUAGUCAAGUUCUUAUAUUAAUGAUAAGUAUAUAUUUAUUAUACGCACGGUGUGCUCGGUUGAAACGCGUACGGCGCCCCCGGCAAAAUAACGACGCUGGCCUGCGAUUCAGCAGAAAAUGCAGUCCCGCGAAGAGGAAAAGGAACGUAAAUGUGUCUCUCGUUCUACUAUUGUCUCUUAUAUCGUUAAGCGUAAUUUUGCCAUGUAAUAUUUUUAGGUUCGACUGACAAAGAGUAGUUCUAUUUUAUCGUGCGAGAUACGUGGUGGUCGUAACUACGAUAAAAAGCGAUUAUUAAACGUCUGUAAUUCGUUGAUAACGGGAUACGAGGUCAAUGUCCGCGUACAGAAACUGUCGUUCGUGGUUUCGCAAGAACAGCCGUUUGGAGAACCGUCUUAUUCCGUUCGACGAAUGGAACACCCGCAUUGCUCGGAUCUGCGUUCACUGCUGAAUCCCGGACCCAUAUUUUUUUAGGGGGUCCGUGUACACUUACAAUCAUUCCUCGAACGGUCGACAGAGAGAGAGAGAGAGAGAGAGAGAGAGAGAGAGAGAGAGAGAGAGAGAGAGAGAGAGACAAACAGACGGAUCGACGCUGUCGGAUUCCGGACAGGUAGAAGAAUAAUUGCGCACAGUACAGAUUUGAACCGAACACGCCGUCGACAACAAUGGAACCGGGUCGCGCGGAGCUAGCGUGCCGGCGAACUCGGCGAUUUCAAUAUUUUUCGAUUGUUAACGCUAUUAUCGAAUUCUAUCGUACGAUGUGAAUGUGGACCGGGGACGACUGUGUGUGCGCGCACGCGCGCGCGCGCGUGUGUUUGUGUUUCAUCGCCUAACCGCAGUGGGGGAAUCACUUUUUUCUCGCCGCUGCGACGAUUCCUUCGCUGUAAUAAAUGUGACGUUCGUGUAACAACAAAUAAGAUAAUGCUUUCACGGUCGUGUACGACGGCGUAGAAUUAAAAAAAAAAAGUAUUAUAACACAAGCCCCCGCCCC